AUGUCUGUGUCACUCAAGGUCCUCGAGCAUGAAAUUUACACGAUUACUCCAAUUAAAGUAUUGGGACCCGUCAGUUUUGCACCUUUGGGUCUCAUUGACAUGUUCAACUCUGGUGGAGCAAUAGAAGGACUCAAGUAUGAAGUUAAGACCGGUUCACAGUCAUCUGAAGAAAUACCCGAGAACUUGAGCAUAGGAUUGGUUGUAUUAGUGUCGAUAAAGGUAAAAGGCUGUGGGCGUUUUGGUGCCUACUCAUCGGCUAAGCCUAGUAAGUGCAAGGUGGGAAUAUCUGAGGUCGACUUUGCAUAUGAAUUAGCCUCUGGUUUGAUAACACUGAACCUCGAUGAUAUGCCUCCCGAGGAUCAAAAAGUUCACAACGUUGAGAUUGAGUUAUGA